GACGCUAGUGGACGUUUUUAAAACCCGGAAGACUUUGUAAACAAACGGUUUAUCCGGUGGGGGAAAGAAGGCAAAGGAGCCUGUUGAACCUCCGCCAUGAGACAAUAAGAGAGGACAUGGAGGACGAACAAGGGCGACAGCUCGAAGGGAACCCGGACUGGAUGUCCCGUCUCCCCGAGGGGCUGCUGGACGUCCCGCUGUGGGACCUGGCCAUACCCGGGAGCCAUGACAGCAUGUCGUUCUGUCUGGAUGUGUCCUCGCCAGUGCUGAGUUCAGAGCCCUUCCUCCUCAGAAUGAUCGACAGGCUGUUCCCCUGCUGCACUCGCCCCUGUGUUUACCGCUGGGCCACCACUCAGCAGUCAUUCCUCAGUGAGCAGUGCGAGCUCGGUAUUCGGUUCUUGGACCUGCGGAUUGCCAGGAAGCCGGAGGGAGGCGGAAGAUUGUUCUUCGCCCACGGCAUCUACACACUCAUAGCAGUCAAGGAGGCCCUGGAAGAACUGGCUACCUGGCUGGACGCUCAUCCUAAAGAGAUUAUAAUCCUUUCCUGCACGCAUUUUGCCUCGCUGACGGACGAAGAUCAUGCUUGUCUCGUGGGGAACAUCUUCACGCUGUUUGGAGACAAACUCUGCCCCUCACAGGACACUCCAACUCUGCAUUCCUGUUGGUCAAGAGGUCAGCAGGUUAUCGUUUCCUAUGGAAACCAGGAGUUGGUGCUGCAGCACCCUGAGCUGUGGACUGAAAUACCAUACUGGUAUGCUGACACCCCAGACCCUAAGAAGGUGAUCGCUUACCUUGAGGAGCAGAAGCACAGAAGACAACCAGCUGGUUUUUAUGUCAGCGGCCUGAACCUGACCGAAGAUGCCCCGUACGUCCUCCUCCACCCCCUCCAGAACAUGAGGACGAUGACCACGAAGGCUCUCUCGCUGCUGCUGAGCUGGGUGAGCGAGCAGCGGCCGGGGACCGGGGCCGGUGGAGUAAACGUAGUCUGCUGCGACUUUGUGGGUGUCAGCCAGUUCUGCUCACUUGUGAUAGGCCUAAACUACAAGCGGCUGGGCCGACCCGGCACGCUAGCCGCCUGCCUCGCCUGCAGGACGUCAGGAGACGCCACUGGCUGUGUCUGAGAUCCAACAUACACUUUGCACUUCACCCUGUACUUUUAAAUCUCCCGUUUACACUGGUUUGUCCGUGUAGUAGGUAUUAAUGACUAUUAUAUUUAAUUAAAACUGUGAACAUGCUGUCAGAGUUUCACACUACUUACCACCAAAUAUACAUGUCAGAUCAUUCGAACAUGUCUUGUGACAUUCUUAUAUCACUUUAGACACAGUAUCAUUGUUGUAUUCUUUUCAAAAUGCACAUAUUCAGGUUUUCUGGGGAGACUCAACUGUCUGUCCCAUUACUCAUCAAUUUUCAUCAGUAUACACACAUUUAAUAUUUUUUAUAACACAAGAUAAGGCUGUUCACAGCCAUAAGCACGUCACAUCUUUGCUCAUGUGCAGUAUUUUUUCAAGUUAUAUAUGUUUACUAUGACUGUUUUGUUAUAGUGUCGUUAAUUAUGUGCUUCCAUUUCUGUGUCCACAGGAUGAGCUGUUACACUACUUUAGUAAACUCUUACAUGAGCUCACAAAUACAUAGCAGUGUGUUAAUACAGUUAAAAUGUCACUUUUUCCAUGUGCACUUUAAUAUUGUGCAUACUUUUUUCAUUGUACUGCAAAGUAAUGAAGAUGUUGGCAUAUGGAAUAUAAACAUUCAUACACUGUGUAAAUAAAUACUUUAAACAUA